AUGGACAGCCCCAGCUCUUACCGCCCCAACUCUAUACCACUGCCCCACAUCUAUACCCCAACUCUUCCUCGCCCCAACUCUAUACCCAGCCCCAGCUCUAUACCCCAGCCCAACUCUAUACCCCAGCCCAGCCUAUACCCAACCCCAAGCUCUAACCCAGCCGCACUCUACCCAGCCCCAGCUCUCUAUCCAGCCCCACUCAUAUACCCACUCAGCUCUAUACACCCAGCCCCAACUCUAUUCCAGCCCCAGCUCUCUUACCCAGCCCCAAGCUCUAUACCCAUCCUCAGCUCUAUACCCCAGCCUACAACUCUAUCCCAGCCCCCUUUACCCAGCCCCAGCUCUCUACCCCGCCCGCAGCUCUAUACCAGCCCCAUUCUCUACCCAGCCCCAGCUCUAUACCCCCCCAGCUCUAUACGCCAGCCCCAGCUCUCUAUACCAUCCCAGCCUACUAGACCCCAGCCCCAACUCUAUCCAGCCCAGCUCUCUACCCAGCCCAGCUCUUACGCCCAGCUCCUUCUACCCAGCCCCCUUCUCUACCCAGCCCCAGCUCUAUACCCAGCCCAGCUCUCUACCCAGCCCCAGCUGUUACCAGCCCCAGCUCUAUACCAGCCCCAACUUAUUCCCAGCCCCAGCUCUAUACCCAUCCCCAGCUCUCUACCCAGCCCCAGCUCUAUCCAAGCCCCAGUCUCUCUACCCAUCCCCAGCAUCUACCCAGCCCCAUCUCUCUACCCAGCCCCAGCUCUAUACCCAUCCCCAAGCUCUCUACCCAGCCCCAGCUCUCUACCCAGCCCCAGCUCUAUACCCAGUCCCCAGCUCUCUACCCAGCCCCAGCUCUCUUACCCAUCCCCAGCUCUCUACCCCAGCCCCAGCUCUAUAACCCAUCCCCAGCUCUAUACCCCAGCCCCAGCUCUCUACCCAUCCCCAGCUCUCUACCCAGCCCCAUCUCUCUACCCAGCCCCAGCUCUAUACCCAUCCCCAGCUCUCACCUCUACAGCCCCAGCUCCCCGCUCUCUACCCACCCCCAGCUCUAUACCCAUCCCCAGCUCUCUACCCAGCCCCCCCCAAAGCUCUCUUUUACCCCCCCCAAUUCCCCCCCCAAAGGCUUCCUCUAACCCAGCCCCAGCUCCUGAUACCCAUCCCCAGCGUCUAUACCCCAGCCCCAAUAGCGUUGUCAUCAAACCCACUAUCCUGGCAUUACAAGUGUCAUUCUCCCCGCUCUCUAUACCCCAACCCCAAGUCCUUCCACCCAGCCGCACUCUUACCCAGCCCCAGCUCUCUACUCCAGCCCAGCUACUUAACCCACUCAGCCUCUAUACCCCGCCCAACUCUAUCUUCCAGCCCCAGCUCUACUACCCAGCCCCAGCUCUAUACCCAUCCUCAGCCUCAUACCCCAGCCUACAACUCUAUUCCCAGCCCCCUCUCUACCCAGCCCCAGCUCUACUUACCCCAGCCCCAGCUCUAUACCCAGCCCCAGCUCUUACCCAGCCCCGCUCUAUACCCAUUCCCAGCUCUAUACCCCAGCCCCAGCUCUACCUCCCCAGCUCUAUCCCCAGCCCCACUCUCAUUCCAGGCCCAGCCCUCUAUCACCCAGCCCCAGCUCUAUCCACCCAGCCCAGCUCUGUUCUACCCAGGCCCCAGCUCUCUACCCAGCCCCAGCUCUAUACCCAGCCCCAGCUUCUCUACCAGCCCCAGCUGUAUACCCAUGCCCCAGCUCUAUACCCGCCCCAACUUAUUCCCAGCCCCAGCUCUAUCCAUCCCCAGCCUCUACCCGCCCCAGCCUAUACCCAGCCCAAGCUCUCUCCCAUCCCCAGCUCUCUACCCAGCCCCAACUCUCUACCCAGCCCCAGCUCUAUACCCAUCCCCAAGCUCUCUACCCAGCCCCAGCUCUCUACCCAGCCCCAGCUUCUAUACCCAUCCCAGCUCUCUACCCAGCUCCCAGCUCUCACCCAUCCCCAGCUCUCUACCCAGCCCCAGCUCUAUAACCCAUCCCCAGCUCUAUACUCCCAGCCCCAGCUCUCUAUACCCAUCCCCAGCGUCUCUACCAGCCCCAUCUAUCUCUACCCAGCCCCAGCUCUAUACCAUCCCCAGGCUCUCUACCCACGCCCCAGCUCUCUACCCAGCCCCACUCUAUACCAUCCCCAGCUCUCUACCCAGCCCCAGCUCUCUACCCAAUCCCCAGCUCUCUACCCACCCCAGCUCUAUACCCAUCCCCAGCUCUCUACCCAGCCCCAGCCUCUCUACCCAUCCCCAGCUCUCUAA